ACUGUGCUGCGGCAUAGCCAGCCACAGCUGUGCCCUCCUCGACAGCGCUCACAGUCAGCAGCGACUGGUCCCGCAAACCGAACGCAAGGCCUUUUCCAUCUCUCGCCAGAUAUCGGCUAGUAUUUAUAUGUGUAUGAUGCUGGGUAGUUAGAAUAUUGCCGUAUACCUACGUGUAAGAAGAUGUCUCCAAAAAUGUCCAUAUAUCGUUAACUCUUCUCAAAAUCAAUGACAAAUCGUGGGAAAUAUCUUGCUUUAAUGGAAACUGAAGUAUUCAAUGCUCGCUAUUCCAGCAGUUCUUGGUAGCUUGCUUGCUAGCUUGGGCUAACCAACAAGCCAGCAGAUUGUUUUCAAAAGUGUCGAAUUUGUCGCUGCCUCCGAAGGCCAUUGGUCUGCAAUGGGAAUUCUUUUUACGAAGUUAUGGAGGCUUUUUAAUCACCAAGAGCACAAGGUCAUUAUUGUGGGCCUGGACAAUGCGGGGAAGACGACCAUUCUUUAUCAGUUCUCAAUGAACGAGGUAGUGCACACGUCGCCAACAAUAGGCAGCAACGUGGAAGAGAUCGUGGUCAACAACACCCACUUCCUCAUGUGGGACAUCGGGGGUCAGGAGUCCCUGCGCUCGUCCUGGAACACCUACUACACAAACACAGAGUUUGUGAUCGUGGUGGUUGACAGCACAGACAGAGAGCGGAUCUCUGUGACCAGAGAAGAGCUGUACAGAAUGCUUGCACAUGAAGACCUGAAGAAGGCUGGCUUGUUGAUCUUCGCCAAUAAACAGGACGUGAAGGGUUGCAUGACGGUGGCGGAGAUCUCCCAGAGCCUGCAGCUCACCUCGGUGAAGGACCACCAGUGGCACAUCCAGGCCUGCUGUGCCCUCACUGGAGAGGGGUUAUGUCAGGGCCUGGAGUGGAUGAUGUCCCGGCUGCGAGUGAGAUGACCUCUGACCCCUAGCGUGCAGUGGGUUCACUCUCUGAUUUACAGGCGUGACGGGGGCCGGCUGCUGCUCAGCUCACUGUGAAGGUGACCCGGUGAUGUCACCAGGACUCAUGGUUUUAUUUAUUUACAGAUCACUGCUAAGAACUGCAAACAACCACACCGCCACACAACAAAAACAAAACCCAAAUCCUUGGACUUUCAGGAUCAAUGAAUUCACACCAACCCAAUCCCAAUGUUUUAUUUUAUGAUUUUUUUUUUUGGUUUUGUUUUGAUUUUGGUCUUGAUUAUGUUUCUUUCCGUUUCCUGCACGGUUUACCCUGUCAUAAAGAUAGGAGAGGGGAAAAUGAGAAUGGAUCCAACAGUAGAUGCAGGGGAGAGCUGUGAAGAGGACUCCAAGUUGAGUGAACAUGUCCGUCUGGAGUGGCCUUGCAGUGCUGCCAGCCUGCUGGAGAUUGUGUUGCCCUGUGUGUACAGUCCAGUAUUUGCAUUAACCUUGUGCCUGCCUCAGAGCCCAUUGGCAUAAAGGGCUGAAGAGACAAGCUCAGAGCCAAGAGGGGAAUCUCCUUCUCUGCUCAUGUAAAAUACAGUGAAAUAAAGUGUUUUUAUCUGUCA